AUGCAGUUUUCAGACCCUGUCAUUCGACAAGGUACCCCCUUCGAAUACACUCCCGGAGCACCUCGUCCGCCUCCUCGCUGCCAGGCAUGUGACACUGCCAGCGACAGCCUUCAACGAUGUGCCGGCUGUACAGCCGUCCUCUACUGCAGCAAGCCGUGCCAGACGUCACAGUGGUCCUCGCACAAGACCACCUGCAAGCUCGUCAGGGCCCGUCGCAAGGCGUGCGCAGACGCCGAAGACGACCUCCGCAAUGCCGAGCCCGACCCUUUCACGCCGCCCAACGUCUUCGAGACCGCCGUCGGCCACUUCUACGCCAUGCCAGAGACGCGGCCCUACAUGCGGGCUCGCUACGUGCUGGCGCAGACACUCAACCAUCUGGACACCGUGCCCAGUCUCGAGGAGGCGCUCGACCACGGUCUGGACAUGCUGCGUCUCGACCGCAGCGACGAGCUCGGCAUGCGCCACCAACUGGCCCCCGUCAUGUUGCGCCUCGGCCGAGAGCAGGAGGCGUAUGACUUUGUCAAGUGGUGGGUCGCCCACGCGGACGACGAGCGCCAUCUCAAAGACAUGCCCGACUCUCCGUUUCUCGACCUCGAGAAUGCCAAUGCCCUUGAGCCCGUCGACCUCUUUGUGCGCCGGAAGGCGGCUGGGACGUUUGAGCUUCACUCGUUGGCCCUGAUCAAGAUUCGCCUGCUGCUUGCACUGCAAAGCACUGAAAAGGCUGUGGCCGGCGCGGAAGGUUGCACAGUCCAGGACAAGAUCGCUGUCCUUGCAGCGGCACUUCACAGCAGCGCCAUUACUCGCCAUGCUGACGCUCUGCUGAUUCUGGCUGAGGACCCGAAGCCCGUUGUUGACGAGCUUGCGAGACAGGUCCGCGAGGUGGUGACCGCCGUGCACCAGGCCAAUAAAUACCUGCUGGAGACGAUGGCAGAGCCUGAUGCUGACCCUGGCACAGCCAUAGCAUCGUAUGCAGAAGGUUCCAGGGAAGAGGCGCACGCUGUGAGAAGUUACUCACUCCGAGCAUGGAAGGGUACGCCUGGUGCUCUGGAGCUACUGGCAUCCCUGCAUUGA